CGCCUGGAGCAAAUCGCAAUGGUCGCGCCCAUUACAUCGGCCGCCGGUGUCGUGGCUUUGCUCGACGAGCCUGAGCCGGAGCUCCAGACGUACGCCCUGCAGAAGCUCGACAGCAUUGUCGGUUCGUUCUGGGCCGAGAUUGCAGACAGCAUCACAAAAAUCGAAAUUCUGUACGAGAACCCUCGCUUUCCGGACCGAGAAUUGGCAGCUCUCGUCGCUUCCAAGGUCUUCUUUCACCUCGGCGAAGAGAAUGAGGCGCUGUCAUUUGCCCUCGGCGCCGGAAAGCUGUUUGACGUAGACAAGAAGGACGAGUACACGGACACGGUCAUCUCCAAGGCCAUCGAUCAGUACAUUGAGGCGACAUCAAGCAAGGAUGCGACGGCUGACGCACGGCUUGCCUCUAUCGUGGAGCAGAUGUUCUCACGCUGCAUUGCCGACAAGGAGUACCGCCAGGCACUCGGCAUUGCCCUCGAAACGAAGCGGCUCGACGUCAUUGAGGAAGUCUUCAAUGUCACGAGGGAUCAGACGCUUCUGACAUACGUUCUUGAGGCCGUCAUGGGCGUUGUACAGACGCUGGAGGUUCGCAACCAGGUGCUUCAUCUCCUCGUCAAGCUCUUCAAGUCGCUUCCUUCCCCCGAUAACUUCUCCAUCGCCCAGUGCUACGUCUAUCUCAAUGCACCCCAGCUUGCUUCGGAGCUUCUCUACGACCUUGUGCGAAAAGCCCACAAUGACGCUUCGGCCUCCUCCUCGGCCAACACAGAGAAUGAUCCUCUGCUCGUCGCAUACCAAGUGGCCUUCGACCUGGCAGAGAGUGCUACACAAGAGUUCCUCGAGAAUGUCCGGACCAAGCUACUGGAGACAACAGACGGCAAGAGCAAGACGAAGCCCGAGGAUGGUGGAGACGUCAGCAUGGAGGGCGCGGGUACCAGUGAUGAGCCCGAGAGCACGGCGGACGGCUGCAUCACGCGCAUCCGCUCCAUUCUGCUUGGCGAAGAAUCGAUCCAGCUCUAUCUCGAUUUCCUACAGCGCUCUAACCAUGCUGAUCUGGCCAUCCUCAAGGCGACAAAGGAUGCGCUCGAUGCGAGGAGCAGUGUUUACCACAACGCAAUGACGUUUGCAAAUGCUUACAUGAAUGCCGGUACGACGAGCGACAGCUUCCUGAGGGAGAACCUGGACUGGCUGGCCAAGGCGAGCAACUGGAGCAAGUUCACGGCUACGGCUGCGCUGGGUGUCAUCAACAAGGGCAACCUGAAGGAAGGCCUCACGAUGCUGCGCCCAUAUCUGCCUCACGACGGUGUUUCGAGUUCCGUCUACUCAGAGGGUGGCAGCCUUUUCGCCCUUGGGCUCAUCCAUGCCAACCAUGGCAACGAGGUCAUGGAGCUGCUCACGACCACGCUCAAGAACAAUCCGGCCGAGAUCGUUCAGCACGGAGCUGCGCUUGGCAUCGGUGCUGCAGGCAUGGCAACGGGCAACGAGGAGGUCUAUGAGGAGCUUCGAAACGUCCUCUACACCGACUCGGCGGUGGCAGGAGAAGCAUCGGGCUAUGCUAUGGGCCUUGUCAUGCUCGGCACGGCCUCGGAGAAGGCUGUCGAAGAGAUGCUCACGUACGCUCACGAGACUCAGCACGAAAAAAUCAUCCGCGGUCUGGCCAUUGGUCUGGCUUUGCUCUUCUACGGACGCGAAGAAGAGGCCGACGUCAUGAUUGACCGCCUGAUGAGCGACAAGGAUCCCAUCCUGCGCUACGGUGGCAUCUACACCAUUGCGCUUGCUUAUGCCGGCACGGGCAACAACAAGGCGAUCCGCAGGCUGCUCCACGUUGCCGUCUCCGACGUCAACGACGACGUUCGCCGUGCUGCUGUGACCAGUCUAGGCUUCCUCUUGUUCCGCAACCCGACGCAAGUCCCUCGCAUCGUGCAGCUGCUCAGCGAGAGCUACAACCCACACGUACGAUACGGUUCUACACUGGCACUUGGCAUCGCCUGCGCCAGCACUGGCCUGGACGAAGCUGUCAAUCUACUUGAGCCCAUGAUGAAGGACCCUGUCGACUUUGUCCGUCAGGGCGCCUCGAUUGCGCUCUCCAUGAUUCUGAUCCAGCAAAACGAGAACCUCAAUCCGCGAGUGGCGUCGGUGCGCACCGCAUUCGAGAAGACGCUCAACGACAAGCACGAGGACGCCAUGGCCAAGUUUGGCGCUGCGCUCGCUCAGGGCCUCAUUGACGCCGGCGGCCGCAACGUGACAAUCGGCCUCCAGAGCAGGGGUGGAAGCGCAAACAUGCCCGCCAUCGUCGGCAUGGCUCUCUUCACCCAGUUCUGGUACUGGUUCCCGAUGGCUCACUUUGCCUCGCUCGCCUUUACACCCACGGCCCUGAUCGGUCUGGAUCGCGAGCUCCGUAUUCCUGCCUUUGACUUCAAGAGCAACGCCAGGCCCAGCUUCUUUGCUUACCCGCAACCGGCCAAGAAGGAGAGCGAGAAGAAGGUCGAGAAGGUCGAGACGGCCGUUCUCUCGACGACGGCCAAGGCGCAACAGCGCCAAAGGGUCAAGGAAAGAGAAAAGGCAAGAGAGGAGCGCGGCGACAGCAUGGAAGUCGACGAGGUCAAGAAGCCCGAGGCAGCCAAGGUCGAGAGCGACGAAAAAGCAAGCGAUAAGGAGACGAAGAAGCUCAAAAGGGAGCGCAAGCCGGCCGAGCCUUCGUUCUCCAUGGUGCCCAACUUCUCUCGAGUUGUGCCCGCGCAGCUCAAGUACGUCGACUUCCCACCGGAGUCAAGAUACCUCCCGAUCCGUCCAGUCCUCGGUGCCGGAGGCGGUCAGCUCCACGACGUCUACAACACGAGCACCGUGGCGCCCAAGGGCAAGCUUGGGAUCUUUGGCAGCGCCUCGCCUGCUCCCGGUGGCAGUGGCCGCGUGACGCCCAGUGUUCUCGCCGGAGGUGCUAAACAACAACAGCAGCAGCAGCAGCCAUUCAUCAACAAGGUGGCUGCUGCCGUGGGCGCUUCUCCGGCUGUCGCUGCACAGAGCGGGCCCUCUGCCGAGUCGGCUCGCUCCAUCUCCUCGUCGAGCAUCGGCGGCGGCGGUGGCAUUUUGCUCCUCGUUGAUCGGAAGCCCAAGGACAACUUUGAUGGCAUUCGUCUCGAUGCUGGCAACACUGGUGGCGCGGCCGGCGACACUUCAGCUGCGAACACAGGCGCACCAGCGGCCAUCAACGACCCAAGAGCGCCCAACAGCGACGAGAUGAGCCCAGAGGACCUCGCGGCAGUCCAGGCGGCCCUCAUGGCCGACGACGAGGAGCUGCAGAAUGAAAAGGACGAGACAACGGGUGUCAACCCGAACAACCGACGGGAUGGACAGGGUGACGGCGACAACCCUCCAGGCGGCGCCGGCGCUCCCGAGGCUCGUUGAGCGCAGCCUCUGGUCUAAUCUUUUGCAAAACAAAUCUAGUUUCUCCCUCUCUGAUCAAUAACAAAUGGCAAAUGCUCAAAGACUCCGGACACAGUAGGCAGCAGCAAAGAAAAGGAGAUUGUAGUUUGUUGCUUGAAUGCGGAAAAG